CAAGUGGCAACCAACUGGAUUUCGCGUUUAGCGAAAUCGAACUUAUCAAUGUAGGAUUUUUGGGCCACACCAUCCGAAUUUAACAUAAAGGCAGCGUCAAAACAAAGUGAAGUACCGUCACAGUUAAUAUCAGGCACGAUUGUAUUCAAGUUAUGCUGUAAUUAACGCUUUUAACACGCAAAGAAACCACUCAAAUUUAACACACUGCCUGUCAUGCGACCUAAUCUUAUGUAACCAAUUUUUGCCCGUGAAAUAACAGUAUCGCACGUCGAUUCGUGUUGUUUACCUCGCUUGUAAGGGUACCCUAGUCCAACCAGUGAAAAUCAAAAAUGUUACGUCGCUGCUCGAAACACUUACAAACUGUUUACCGGAGGCAGGGGCAGAGCCUCCGGUUCAAGUCUUCAGUGCCCAAAGUCCUUGCUCUGCCCCAGACUGCUCGACUCAACCAACCUAAGGUGCUUUCUGCUCACCAGCAGAUAGCUUCUAUCCACUUCACCAGUCCCCUGUUUGAAGAGCAGGAUGUGAUGACCCCAAGCUUCCCGGACUCAGUAUCCGAAGGUGACGUGAAGUUGGACAAGAAGGUAGGAGACAGUGUGGCCGCUGAUGAAGUUGUCCUCGAGAUUGAGACCGAUAAAACUGCUAUUCCUGUCAUGGCUCCAAGUCAUGGUAUCAUUAAAGAGCUGUAUGUAAAGGAUGGAGAUACCGUAAAAGCUGGCCAGAAAUUAUUUAGACUUGAAAUCACUGGCGCUGCGCCAAAGAAAGAGGCUGCUGCUCCUGCACCGGAGCCUCCGAAAGCCGCUGCGCCACCUCCAACGCCUCCGCCAGCUGCCGCCGCCCCUCCUCCGCCUCCUCCGCCUCCGAAAGCUGCGGCCGCGCCACCUCCACCUCCGCCGGCACCCAAAGCUGCGCCACCUCCUCCAGCUGCGCCGAUCUCGUCCAUCCCGGUGGCAGCGAUCCGUCAUGCCCAAGCAAUUGAGACGGCUACCGUAAAAGUGCCUCCGCAGGACUACAGCAAAGAGAUAGCCGGCACUCGCACUGAACAGCGCGUGAAAAUGAACAGGAUGAGGCAGCGCAUAGCACAGAGACUGAAGGAUGCCCAGAAUACCAACGCCAUGUUGACGACCUUCAACGAGAUCGAUAUGUCGCAUAUUAUGGCAUUCCGUAAAAAAUAUUUGGAUGCUUUCACUAAAAAGUUCGGAGUUAAGUUGGGUUUGAUGUCGCCGUUUGUUAAGGCAGCAGCCAAUGCGCUUAUGGACCAACCAGUGGUCAACGCAGUCAUCGAGGAGAACGAGAUUAUCUACCGUGAUUAUGUGGAUAUCUCUGUAGCCGUGGCGACGCCUAAAGGUCUUGUCGUGCCAGUUAUUAGGAAUGUCCAGAAUAUGACGUACGCUGACAUAGAAUUAACAAUUGCUGGCUUAGCUGAGAAGGCCAGGACUGGCAAACUCACCAUCGAAGAAAUGGACGGGGGCACCUUCACGAUCAGUAAUGGAGGGGUCUUCGGGUCCUUGAUGGGUACGCCAAUUAUAAACCCGCCACAGUCGGCUAUCCUUGGCAUGCACGGCAUCUUCGAGCGUCCCAUUGCGUUGAAUGGCCAAGUAGUGAUCAGGCCGAUGAUGUACAUUGCGCUUACUUACGAUCACAGGCUGAUUGACGGUCGUGAAGCCGUCAUGUUCCUGAGAAAAAUCAAGGAGGGCGUUGAAGAUCCCGCAGCUAUCGUCGCCGGAUUGUAAAUUAAUAACCAUCUGAUUUACAAUUGGAAUCGAUAUUUAACCAUAUCGGAUGAUCGAUUGUACAAAGACCGGAAAGGUUACGAAUAAAUCAUGUACAUUUACGCAGUAGUGAUAAAUACUCCGAAAGGGGUGCACUUCGUUUGUGCUAUUUUUUUCUGUUUUAUUUAUUAUUGAACACUUUCAUCAGUUCGUAUUGUAUUUAUUUAUAAUGUUUUAAGUAAGUAAUAAAUGAUUGUGUAAAAAGUACAUUUCCGUUACCUGACGAAUUUUCGUUGUUUUAUUUUAAUUUUGUUAAAGCAUUUAUUAAAUGCACGAAAUUAGGCUUGUAUGCUGAAAAUCUUAGUACUCUGAUAUUAUAUUAUAUUAUACCCUAA